AUCACUGCUCCCAGCCUGCGGGAGAUGGUAGUCCCCUCGCCGGGCUGUAGGAUGUGGCUCGCUCAGAAAGACCUAAAUGUACGUAUUUGAAAGUGAGGAAAUGCAUUUACGUGCAGCUUUGCCGUCAGACUUGAGGAGCAGUGAUAAACAGCUGGGUUUGAGAUGGUUAGCUUUGAAUGUGCUGUGCAAGAUACUGAAACCAGUCUAAUUAUGUCUGUUACCUAGUGUUGGAUGAGCAAGGGGGAAACUGGAUUUCUGUUUACUGGUGAUCAUAGAACUGUGGAGAGUUUAGUACAUUAGGGCUGUGCUAUAUUUAAAUGGUACCCUGUCUGUCAAAUGUCCCUAUUACAAAAUGUUCUUUGCCAAGAUCAUGCCUCUCCUUUUAAAAGCUGGUUUUGAAACUCUCGAUUGUUUACAGAAAAUUGGUUAAUAUGCCCUGGCUGCGGUAUCUGUAUCUGUCUUCACUGUGCGCUGUUAAGUCAUUCCAAGACCAUUUUAAAGGUGUUGUGGACAACUAUGGGAAAUGCCAUUUCACCACUUGUAGAGUGGAAUUAUUGCAUUUCUGAAAGAUUAAACCAUAUUAAUGCAGAAGAUAGACUCUUCUGCAGUCUCUCACCCUAUGUGUUGCAGACACUUAGUGCUAUCUUUAAUUAGGAGGCUGGCACAGCUGAAUUAAAAAUAACAAUUCAAAACAAAACUUCCUGUGAACUCAGGCCAGACAGAUUCACAGCCAUGAGACUUAAAAGCUUUGCUUAUCCCCAGGGCAGCUGGAGCCCUGUUAAUGACCAUACCGGCAUCCUCGUGCUGCCCCAGCGAUGUCCCGCAGAUGGAAGAGGCAUUCACCCGCUGGUGUUGAGUGUGCCGAGACUUCUGGCCAUCUCUUCUCUUAGGAAACGCAACCAGCUCCUCACGUCACGGAGGCCCAGCAUGAAUGUUAACUGUGCUGGUGGGACAGACUGGUCAAGAAAUCCGGAGUCCAAUUGCUCUGUGGAAAACAUAACUGUAGCAGUUCAUGAGUCAGAAGAAAGUAAUGUGGUGCUAGGAGGUCACAGCCCUGCUGCAGUUCCCAGGACUGAGGGUUUAGAUUCUGAAUGCCGACACACUGCUUGUCCAGUAAAUCCUCAGAUCAGUAGCAUGUUGUCUGCUCCUGAAGACACGCACAACUCUCAUUUCCAAGAUGGAAAUAAGAGACAGACAGAAUAUUUUAAUACCCAGGAACGCCAUGGAUGCUGUGCUUCAUCUUCAAGCGGCAAUUCACAAACAGUGGCUCCCGAGAAAGUGACCCUUGUGGUAGAUGGCACUCGCUUUGCAGUGAAUCCACAGAUUUUCACUGCUCACCCCGAUACCAUGCUGGGAAGAAUGUUUGGACCAGGAAGAGAAUACAAUUUCACCAGGCCAAAUGAAAAGGGAGAGUAUGAAAUCGCAGAAGGAAUUAGCUCAGCUGUGUUCCGGACUGUGCUGGAUUAUUACAAAACUGGAAUCAUUAACUGCCCUGAUGGGAUUUCCAUCCCAGACCUUCGAGACACAUGUGAUUACCUCUGCAUAAACUUUGAUUUCAACACAAUCAAAUGUCAAGAUUUAAGUGCUCUGUUACAUGAGCUCUCCAACGAUGGUGCUCACAAGCAAUUUGAUAGCUACCUGGAGGAGCUAAUUCUGCCUAUAAUGGUGGAUAGCGCAAGGAAAGGGGAACGUGAAUGCCAUAUUGUUGUGCUGACGGAUGAAGACACUGUGGACUGGGAUGAAGAUCAUCCACCUCCAAUGGGAGAGGAGUACUCUCAAAUCCUUUACAGUUCCAAGCUGUACAGAUUCUUCAAGUACAUUGAGAACCGCGAUGUUGCAAAAGCUGUAUUAAAGGAGCGGGGCCUGAAAAAUAUCCGCAUUGGCAUUGAAGGAUAUCCCACCUGUAAAGAGAAGGUGAAGAGGAGGCCUGGUGGCCGGUCAGAAGUGAUAUACAACUACGUUCAACGGCCAUUCAUCCAGAUGUCAUGGGAAAAGGAAGAAGGCAAAAGCCGUCAUGUUGAUUUCCAGUGUGUCCGGAGCAAAUCUCUAACAAACCUAGUCACUGUGGGCGAUGAUGUUUCGGAGGACCAUGAGGUUAUAAUGCAUCAUCCCCCACAAGUAGAUGAACUCGACAGGCUAAACGCACCAUUCUCCCAAAUGGCUGUUAAUGAUCUACCAGAUUAGUCCUGGCUCAGGGUGGGAACAUCUCGGCAUAGUUUCAUCCCAGGUGAUGGAACACAGACUCCUGCAAGGUGCUUUAUCCUCAUUCAUGCUCUUACUACAUUGUCAUAUUUCAAGCAUGUUAAUAAAGAGCCACACUCCAUAGUCUAA